CAUCUUCCCACCAGUCACCCACCUUCUUACAGAAUCAUCAAUUCAGUAAAGCUUAUGCGAUUGCCCAAUUCCUUCUGUCGCGGGACUAGAUGUGGUUGGCUCCAUCAAUCUACAGGGGAAUCUUUGCAUACCUAGUCAAUUGUGAGCUAUCAGAAAAUACCCAUGGGAUAGUUCCCAGUACCAUGAGAGUCAAUCCCCAAUGAUAUUUGUUAGAGUCUAACUAACAAAUGAAAAUGUUUGUUAAAAUAUGAUAGAGACUGAAGAAAGUCACAUCUUCUCUAUCAGAUCAGACUUUGUUCUCAAAGACUGAGAUCUUCUGUGAUGUAGCUGGUGAUGAUUUGUAGUGAUGAGAGAUGUUGAUGUCCUGCCCUCCCAUGUCUCAAGUGCCUUGUAGGCCUAUUGGCCUUAGCAACCAAUCAUUACUGCAUCUUGGUUGCUAUGCUAAAAGGUCGACAACACAGGCAGCGACCAUCACCUACAGCUGAGACCCCUCUUUAGUUAUCAUUUCUGAACCAUCCCUUUUGCUUUUGCUUUGCUUUUACAGGUACUCUGCCAUUACAAUCUGAGAAUAACUCAGUGAAAGGAAGGACUUCAUUGAAGGAAUACAAAUAGGAGAAGACUGCCAUUCUGCCAAUACCCGAGCGCCAGUUCAUUUCAAAUAGGCAGUUUAGUUCUCUUGAUUAUCUUUUGAAUAUGUCCUAAGAGUAUGAUCCCAGGCGACCUCACUCAGUGACGGCCCCUAUGUAUGCGCAAGGGAUAAUCAUGGACUCAAUGGCACUCCUCGGAGCAGAGCAUCAAAACCAUGUUAGCAACCCUAAUAUUACAAGCCCAUCGACGACCACGGCAGCAACCACAGCGAAACGGAGCCGUAAAAGACGGACACCCCUCCAGAAAGCGGAAGUUAAGGAAUUAGCGGACCAGCGCUGUUCUGCUCCGAAGCUUGAUGUUGACGAUCGCGUGGUUGAACGACUGAGGAAGUGUAUUCAAAAAGCCAAUCAUCCGAAUACUUCUGAAGCUGAGGCUAAGGCGGCGCUCUUUUUGUCGUCAAAGCUCAUGACACAGUACAACAUAAGUAUGCUUGACGUGCUGAACGCGGACGACAAGCAAGAUGAUGGGCUGCACAAGCAUGGGGGCCAAAGCAUUGUUGAGAUUAGAAAAUCGCGUCAAUUAAAUGCAAGACCGAACAAUGAAGGUUUUGUUAGCAUUGUUGCACAUGCAAUGGAUACCUUUUUUGAUUGCAAACACUAUUCUACUCAAGGGAUGUGGUAUAUCAGAUGGACGUUCUAUGGUAUUGCCCAGAAUACUGUCUCUGCUGCCAUGGCUUUCGAGAUGGUUUACAAUCUAAUAUCAAACUGGGCAUGUGAUCAGAAAGGUGGGAGUUCGGCCUACAGCUAUAGCAUGGGCGCAGCACGCGGUCUUCUGUGUAUCGCCGACGAUGAUUGCGACGAAGAGGAUGAUCAGGGUGGCCCCACAAAAUUUGAGGGAGUCUCUUUGGGCGAUGUGUCAAUGACUGGAUUUGAUGAGGACAUCAAAGCCGAUUUCUCAAUGCAGGACGAUGAGGCCAUUAAUGUCCUUGGGGAUUGGGAUGAGCAGAUGGCGAAACUCGUGAAAAAGGAACCGUCCGACCCGGACGACAUGAGCGCUUUGCAGAAUUUACCUGUAGCAUGGUCGUCCGAAACACAAUUGAUCAGGUUCCAGGAGACAGCAAGCCAAGUUGCUGAUGAGUUUUUACAAGAGCAGGGUGUCAAAUUAAGCCAGCGCAAUACAAGAAGAGCUGGUGUGCGCGACCCGAACGCGUACAACCAAGGGAAGAGAGAUAGCAGAAAGAUCAAUGUUCGUCAAAAACGACUGGAGCAUUAGGAAUUUGGUGCGGAUGUAGCUGAGAUAAAAUCAUCGCCGCAAAACCAUUGGGUGUUUUGUUCAGACAUUGCGUUGAAAUGAUAGUGGUUAGUCGAUGUAUUUAAAUAUCUCCCUCCAUUCAGCAUGUUCUUCCGCGACCUCACUGCAAGACCAAACGUGUUAGAUAGCU